UGUCGAUUUGUCACAUUUCUUUGUGAAAGAAGAAGAAAUUUAACCAAAAUUAAUUUGAAAAAUGUUGUCUUACAGUUUGUUUUUGGUUUAUAAAUAACUUACAAGAUGCUGAAUAGUUACACAAAACUAUUCAUUUUCGUAUCUUUCACAGUUUCACCUAUAAUUAUUCAAGAAAUAUUGAAGAGGCAAAUCGAAAAAAAACGCAAUAAAUUAAAGACUGAGCACAAUAAUUACUACCAUGAAUUGGUAUUUAUUUCCAUGAAACAAUUUAAAUGUAGGGGACAUAUAAUUAAAAACACUGAGUGUGGUGAUAGUUGUGGUACAACACAAUUGAGACGAAUGAUUAAAUUUAUAUCUUCUGCAACAAUUUGUAUAUCAUGUUGUGUCUACAUGUUUACAUCUGAAGAAAUAACUGAGGCUCUAAUAGAAGCACAUCGAAGAGGUAUCAAAAUUAGAAUUAUAACUGAUGAAGGUUUGAGAGUCCACAAGUCUUCCAAAUUAGAUACAUGGAUUCAAAAUGGUAUUGCUUGUAAGACACCAGGCUGUGUAGAUGAACUGAUGCAUCAUAAAUUUUGUUUAAUAGAUGAGAAAAAUCCUAAACUGGCCAAAUUGGUUUUUGGGUCAUUAAAUUUUACACACACAGCAUUCUGUAAUAAUUUUGAAAGUUUAAUGUAUACCAAUAAUCCAGACAUCAUUAAAAGAUUCAGUGAGGAAUUUGAGUUAUUAUGGAAUGAUCUGUUGUAAUAUUUAUUUGAAUAGAUUUGAAACCUAGAUAUUCUUUUAUUAUUAUUAUUAUUGAGAAUUUCUUAUUUAUUUUAUAUUUUUAUAUUCUUCUGUUGGUAAUAAAAGCAAUAAAACUGUA